AUGUUUUAUAUUAAUUUAUUAGUACUAACUCUUAAAGCAACAACUUGUAAGGAAGCUAUUCAGCGAUGGGAAGAAAAGACAGGUCUAGCUGCCAAUGAAGAAAAAGAAAUUAUUUUGUCCUUUCAAUGGCCGCCGAUUGAAAAAAUGGAUAAUAAUUUAGCAGGACUUACUGCUGUAGAAAAACUAUCUCUCUCAACAAAUAUGAUAGAAAAAAUCACUGGUAUCAGUGCAUUAAAAAAUUUAAAAAUCCUAUCUUUGGGUCGCAAUCAAAUUAAAACAUUCUCUGGAUUAGAAGCAGUUGGAGAACAUUUAGAAGAAUUAUGGAUAUCAUAUAAUCUAAUUGAAAAAAUUAAAGGUGUGAAUGUAUUAAAAGCAUUAAAAGUGCUUUAUAUGUCGAAUAAUUUGGUAAAAGAUUGGGCUGAAUUUAAUCGUUUGCAAGAAAUUCCGCUUCUCGAAGAUUUAUUAUUCGUCAAUAAUCCUAUCUGUGAAAGUAUGGAUGUAGAAUCUUGGCGCAGCCAAGCAACUAAAAGACUACCAAAACUAAAAAAACUCGAUGCUAUACCGGUUGUAUAAUUAUUUAAUCUAAUUGUUAAAUAUACGAAAUG